GCUUGGAUUAGCAGCGCGGCUGGCGUUCGGGCGGCCCGCUCCGUGGCCCCCAUCCCGUGUCACCCCGCUGCAGGUCCGCAUUACAGCCUCAGGUUGGAUCCGGGAAGCGGGCCCGGCCCGGCCGGCGGCGGGGUCGGCGGGGGCAGGAUGAGUGCGGAGGCGGCGGACCGGGAGGCGGCCACCUCCAGCCGGCCCUGCACCCCGCCCCAGACUUGCUGGUUUGAGUUCCUGCUGGAGGAAUCGCUGCUGGAGAAGCAUCUGCGUAAGCCCUGUCCGGAUCCUGCACCAGUUCAGCUUAUAGUUCAGUUUUUGGAACAAGCUUCUAAACCUUCAAUUAAUGAACAGAACCAAGUUCAGCCUCCAGCCGAUAAUAAGAGAAAUCGAAUUUUAAAACUUCUUGCUCUUAAAGUUGCUGCACAUUUGAAAUGGGAUUUAGACAUUUUAGAGAAAAGCUUGUCUGUUCCAGUUCUAAAUAUGUUACUAAAUGAACUGCUCUGUAUCAGUAAAGUUCCUCCAGGGACAAAACAUGUAGAUAUGGAUCUAUCUACUUUACCUCCAACUACUACCAUGGCUAUACUACUCUACAACAGAUGGGCAAUUAGAACAAUUGUUCAAAGUAGCUUCCCCAUCAGACAGGUGAAGCCUGGACCCCCCCAACUGAGUGUUAUGAAUCAAAUGCAACAAGAGAAAGAAUUAACAGAUAAUAUUUUGAAAGUGCUAAAAGAACAGGCCAAUGAUUCUAUUCUAGUAUUAGAGGAAGCCUUGAAGCUAAACAAGGAUCUUUAUGUUCAUACAAUGAGAACACUGGAUUUAUUGGCUAUGGAACCGGGUAUGGUAAAUGGAGAAACUGAGAGUUUAACAGCUGGAUUAAUAAUAAAAACUGAGGAAAUGCAAUGCCAGGUGUGUUAUGAUUUGGGUGCAGUGUACUUUCAACAAGGUUCUACAAAUUCAGCUGUUUAUGAAAAUGCAAGGGAAAAAUUUUUCAAGACCAAAGAAUUGAUUUCAAAGAUAGGCUCAUUAUCUCUUCAUUGCUCCAUAGAUGAGAAGCGGUUAGCUGGCUAUUGUCAGGCUUGUGAUGUUCUUGCACCUUCUGAUAACACAUCACAACAGUCAACUCCAUAUAGUCAAAUCCAUAUCUGUAUGAGGUCAGGCAAUUUUCAGGAGGUGAUAAAUAUAUUCCUUGAAGAUAAUCUAACACUGAGUUUACCUGUUCAAUUCAGGCAGUCGGUAUUAAGAGAACUUUACCAGAAAGCUCAGCAAGGAAAUGAAGCUCUCGAUGAAAUCUGUUUUAAAGUUUCUGCCUGUAAUACAGUACGGGAUAUACUUGAAGGUAGAACAAUUAGUGUGCAGUUUAACCAGCUAUUUCUUCGACCUAACAAAGAGAAAAUAGACUUCCUUCUUGAGGUAUGUUCAAAGUCAAUAAACUUGGAACAAGCUUCAGAAUCUUUGAAAGAAAAUAUGGCUGCUUUUCUAAAAAAUCUCUGUUUGGGAUUGGAUGAUCUUCAGUUUGUCUUUAUGAUUUCUUCUCAUGAACUCUUCAUUACAUUGUUGAAAGAUGAUGAACAGAAGCUACUUAUAGAAGAAAUGAGGAAAAGAUCACCUAGAAUAAAUCUGUGCACCAAACCUGUAACUUCAUUUUAUGAUAUCCCAGCUUCAGCAAGUGUCAACAUUGGGCAGUUGGAGCAUCAGCUUAUAUUAUCAGUGGAUCCUUGGAGAAUUCGCCAGAUUCUAAUUGAAUUACAUGGCAUGACUUCAGAACGCCAGUUUUGGACAGUAUCUAGUAAGUGGGAAAUACCAGGUGUUUACAGUAGUGUUAUUCUAGGAAUUAAAGAUGGUUUAACAAGAGACUUGGUUUACAUUCUUAUGGCAAAGGGCUUACACUGCAGUAUUGUUAAGGACUUUGUCCAUGCCAAACAACUGUUUGCUGCUUGUUUGGAAUUGGUGACAGAAUUCUCCCCAAAGCUCCGUCAGGUAAUGCUAAAUGAGAUGCUACUCUUGGACAUUCACACUCAUGAAGCUGGACCAGGGCAAUCAGGGGAGCGACCCCCUUCUGAUCUCAUCAGCCGAGUCCGUGGAUAUCUGGAAAUGAGGCUUCCUGAUAUCCCUCUUCGACAAGUUGUAGCAGAGGAGUGUGUUGCCUUUUUGUUAAAUUGGCGAGAAAAUGAAUAUCUGACUCUUCAGGUUCCUGCUUUCCUGCUUCAGAGUAAUCCAUAUGUGAAGCUGGGACAGCUUUUGGCAGCUACAUGCAAAGAACUCCCAGGCCCUAAAGAAAGUACUCAGACUGCUAAAGAUCUUUGGGAAGUAGUUGUUCAGAUCUGUAGUAUAUCCAGUCAACAUAAGCGAAGUAACGAUGGAAGAAUUAGUUUAAUAAAGCAGAGAGAAUCUACAUUGGGUAUUAUGUAUCGGAGUGAACUGCUCUCUUUUAUCAAAAAGCUACGGGAACCAUUGGUUUUGACUACAAUAUUAUCUCUAUUUGUGAAACUUCAUAAUGUUCGGGAGAACUUUGUCAAUGAGAUUACAGCUGAGCACAUUUCUAUUUGGCCUUCUUCCAUUCCCAACCUUCAAUCAGUGGACUUUGAAGCUGUAGCUGUUACUGUGAAAGAGCUAGUUCGAUAUGCACUAACUAUAAACUCCAGCAAUCAUUCCUGGUUAAUUAUUCAAGCAGAUAUUUAUUUUGCCACAAACCAGUAUUCAGCAGCUCUUCACUACUACCUUCAAGCCGGAGCUGUGUGUUCUGAUUUUUUUAAUAAAGCUGUGCCACCAGAUGUUUACACAGACCAGGUCAUAAAACGUAUGAUAAAAUGUUGUUCCUCUCUGAAUUGCCAUACACAGGUAGCAAUUUUAUGUCAAUUCCUUAGAGAAGUUGACUAUAAAACAGCAUUUAAGUCACUUCAGGAACAAAAUAGUUAUGAUGCCAUGGAUUCCUAUUAUGAUUACAUAUGGGAUGUUACCAUUUUGGAAUAUUUGACAUAUCUACAUCAUAAAAGAGGAGAAACUGAUAAAAGGCAAAUUGUGAUAAAAGCCAUUGGACAGACAGAACUGAAUAUGAGUAAUCCUGAAGAAGUAUUACAGCUUGCAGCCCAGAGAAGAAAGAAGAAAUUUCUCCAGGCAAUGGCAAAACUUUACUUUUAAAGUAAAGAAAAAUGUUUCCCAUUCAAAAAAUUGUCUUUUCAAACCCCAAAGGAAAAAAAAAAGUCAUACCAGCAUAGCCAAGUAAUUUGUGUGUGUCUGGAUAUUGUGUCUGUCUUCUACAGAAAUCUUCUUAAAAACCUUCAGUUUCACCGGAGGACCACCCUUCACUACUCUGGCAAAAGGUACCAUCCAUUCUACACAUUCUGAAAUAUUAUCCCAGUCUAAACCUGUCGAUCAAAAGGAAAAUGUAUAGUUCACGUUAUAGGUCAACAUUUUUGCCUUUUAAACAAAAGUGUGUGUGUGUGUGCGUGUGCACGCGUGCAUGUGCCCUAUACAUAUGUGUGAGACAUGCUUUGUCCCAUUCUUCUGGAACUUAUAAGAUGUAAAAAUUCUUGCUCUGCCUUAUUAUUUGAUCCCCAAGUUUAAUGUUUGUAUCUCUAUGUAUUGUACCUUACUAUAUUAAGAUUUAGAAAGAAAAAGAUGCUGUUUAUUCAUUUUGCUUGUUGUGUUAGGCUAAUAUCUAAAUGUGAACUAGGAAAUGAUCAUUAACAACAUUAGAAUUUAUAUGAUCAACUUUUAGAUUUUAGUAAUGUCAAUUGAUUUUAUUCUAUCAAGAUAAUAUACUGAUUUCAUGCUGCUGCUUUUUCUGUCUUGGAAUCAUGAUUGAGACAUGUCAAAGGCUGUCUAAUUAAGGUUAAAACCAUCUAAGACAACUGCCUAGUUUUUAAAGUGCAACCCAAAUUUUCAGCAUAAUGCACAAAAGUUCAUAUUUGUCCUUUUUUUCAGAAUAUAAAUAAUUAUUCAUCUUUGAAAUGAACUAUAUUUUAUUUGACUUUAAAACUUUCUUUUAUGUAUGAAUUUUAUGUGAAAAUAAGGGAAAUAGCAUCCAGAGAGUACAUAGAAUUUAGAGGUAACAUUUGAGUUCAAAAUCCCUGUAUAGGCCUUGCCAUUUUAUGUGAUCAUGAACAAGUCAUUUGGAAAUUUAAGCAUAGAAAACAAAGUGUUUCUAAGGACUUGAAGUUCCAAAUAUGUAAUUUCAUGGUCAGGAUAUUUUAAAAUUUCACUCAAAUCAAAAGAAGUGAAUGAAAGCAGUCCUUCAAUAAUUAUAUUUUAGGCUAAUUUUUAAAAAAUAAAUAGUAUGAAUAAAUAGUAUGAAUAAAUAAAUAAAAUAAAUGAAUAAAUAAAUAAAAAGUAGGAGAAUAUCUUACCUGAAGCUUUCUUAACGACUUCAAUAGAGGUAAAAUGGCAUAAAGCAGCUGCAGCCAAUAUUCUGUACUGGAAUUCUAAUGAAUCAAUGGAGAGAAUACACAGAUCCAGGAGCUGUCCAAGGAAAAAUAGUUAAUUAUGAUCAGCUUGGGAACUGAAAAUUAUGUGCCCUUAUGACGUUGUAACUAUGUUAAGGAGGAAAGUAGAGGCAGAAAUGUCCUACUUCCUAUCCUUCCACUUCUGGCAAAGGACUAGAAUUUGGUAUUUGGCAGUGGUAUACCACAGACUGUGUUUCAUAUUUAAUUUUUAGAAAUAAAUUUUAUUAUAAUACUAAGAAUUUGAUUUUAUGAUUCUAAUAUUAGACAUUAAAUCUGUCCACCAUGUUCAUAAGCUCUUGGAGGAUCUACUAAUCUGUAAAGAAUACAGAAGGACAAAUAUGAUGGCAGAUUAUUUCUGGAUCAAGUUAGCUGUUUUGGAGGAAGUUUAUCACCAAAACAUUAGUUUCUAGGUAACUUUUUACCCAUUAUAACUAAUGAAAAUAACAAAAAGUUACACCAAAAAUCACAUUUAUAUAUUGUGCUUUUGUGAGUUGUUGAAGUGUCACAUAAACUUAUUAGUUAAGGUUAAUUUUCUAUAGAAAAUAGUCAGAAUUAUCACUCAGUCUCUCUUUUUCCUCUUUCACUCAAAAAAAAUUUAUAAGCCUUCUAAUUUGGUUCUUUUUUAGGCGAAAGUAUGUUCGGGGUGGGAGGCGGGUAGUUUAAAGAACAGUUUUAUUCUGAAGCUUUUUGGAAACACAAGUAGGGAAAAGAGGAAAUUUUUUUUUUAGUGGAUUCUAUUCAGUCCACUUUAUAGCUGUUUAUAUCAGAUUGUGUUCAGCAUGAAAAACAUAUGUGAUAAUAUUAAUAUGAAUCCAUUAAAAACUUUUGUAUACCUGG